UUAUUUAAAAAUUAUUUGCUUAUUGAAUUCAGUAGAUUGUCGUCAUUUUACAAUAAUCGACUUAAAUGACAUCAGAAGUUCCAUUUAUUUGAACAAAGACAAAAAAUAGCUAGGUGUGCCAUUUCUAUUCUACUAAAGAAUUUGCACGCUUCACUUAACUCUAGUCCAAAUUUUCGGCUGUACUAGAUACACAUUUGUAUGUCAUAUGUAUGUACAUUUAAAACCAUAUGUCGCUGGGUUUUGCUUUUAAAGCUAGAUGAGACCCAUUUGGAUCUGCACGAAUAGCUUGAAUUCAUGAAAAUCGCAUAGAACGGCGAUGUGACAGAGUGUCUCUAGUUUUCGCAUGUGCCUGAUCUCUAUUUGAACCGCCCGCUCCCCUUCAAAACUACUCUCUCUCCACCCUUUUAUAAAUAUAUCUUCUCUCUUACACUUACACUCUCUCAUACUUAAUCUCACUCUUUCCUCUCUUUAACACUCUCUUUCACACAAUUUCUCACUUUCUCUUCUCUUACAUUUGCACUCUUUCGUACACUCCCUCGACCCGUUCACUUAUGAAUAUCUCAUAAAGAGGCGAUUUAAGCCCGUAUAUGAUCGAGUACAGAGCUUUGUAAUCGGUAUCUUUUCGUCGAGCAGUUAUAAUACUAUACGAUUUAUUAUAAGACUUAUCAAAUAUGUUUGUUUGUCUGUACAAGCCAUGUUGAUAAACUACCAGUUAAUUAUAGGUGCUUGAGGCAGCAUUAAAACAAUUCAAACCUGUUUAAAUUGACCUCCAGACUAGAGAUGGAUGCGUGACUUAAUAGUGAAUGCGAAUGUGUAAGCCAUAAAGGGCUAGAAAAUAUUUAAAAUUGUUUUUAGAGCAAAGAGGCGUAAAGUGUAGAAACUUGUAAUAUGGGAAUUAGAACUUAGUAUAUCAUGAAUUGCAUGGAAUCGGCCGAAAUAUGUUUGUUUCGUGUUAAAUCAGACUAUCACGGCUUGACCGACCACCUCUACUGCACGCCGUGGAAUACAGGUGUUGUGGCUUAUCCAGCUGGUUGCUCAGUUAAAUCGUGCUUGAAAGCUGGCCGGAUAACUGUCGCUCAUAGUAGUUAAAAUAGUAAAAUGGAUAAGUUCGCCCUGGGCAUGUGGAUGUGCCUGCUGGUGCUAUCGCCCAUGCUGGCGAUACGUCUGAAGCCUUGCGAUUUGGCCGGACAACUUUAUAUAUUGGACGUGCCCAAGACGGAACUUGCCCAAUGGCUGUGCAUAGCCGACUUCGAGAGUCGCUUCAACACACACGUUGUCGGGCAGGGCAACUCGGAUGGCUCGAGGGACUAUGGUCUCUUUCAGAUCAGCGAUCGCUUCUGGUGUGCGCCCCCAAAGGCAACGCCCUACCACGCCUUCAAUGGCUGCAAUGUGAACUGCACAGAGCUCUUGAGCGAUAAUAUCACGACGGCUGUGCACUGUGCCCGGCUUAUCAAGAAGCAGCAGGGCUGGACGGCCUGGUCUGUCUACGAGGAGUUCUGCAACGGAACCCUCUCGGACGCCGAAAACUGUUUCCAACCGGAAACCACAGCAUCGACUGUGACGCCAGAUCCGGAAAUAGAAACCACGACUCUCGUUACGGAAAUGGAUUAAGCACCUAUUUCGUGCGGAUCGAUCACUGCCAAUAGACAUUUAUUGUAAACUUCUAGAUGAUACAUUAAAGUACUAGCUGGUGUUACCCGGCUUUGCCCGAGCCAAUUGUUUUUCUAUUAAUAAGUCGAGCUUUAUAAAUUAGCUUAAAAUUAAUUAAUCCAAAUGUAGAAUAAUAGCAUCACGUCGCUUUCCCUUCUUUUCCGCUAAAUCGAUCUGCGAAAAUGACCACAUCUUUCCACCCAAGACGCCCGAAAGGAAUCCUUUUGAUUGAAUCCUCGCAAAGUGGAAAUUAUUUUGAUCCUGUUGUAAUGCUUCCUGCUACGUGUUUUUCCAGUUCUAAUCUAGUUUAA